AUGUCUCACACUCAUUGCGCUGUGCAAGGCUGUAAAAACACUAUUUUCAAUAAGCCCAUUGGUAUAUCAUUUCAUGCUUGUCCAACCCAAAGCGAUUUACGAAACAAAUGGUUACAAAUAUUGAAGAAUAAGUGUACUGUACUUGAUUGGAGUAGGAGCAGAAUAUGUUCCAGACAUUUUGAAAAUAAGUAUUUUGAUUCUCAAAGAAAACUUAAAGAAAAUGCUAUACCUACCUUAUUUCCCGUAUCAUCACAAGUUUAUAAACAAAAUAGUGAUGGAGUCACACCUCGGACGAAAGUGGACAGACUAUUGAAUAAGUUAACUCAAGCAGAGUUAAUGUCGGAUAUAAAAAGUUCAUUGAGUAAAUUGAAGGAGCCUACAAAUUUAGAAAACUACAUGAAUGAUGACUACAAGUGUAAACCAGAUACUCCAACUGAAGCACAACUUUGGAUUUUAGUGAAAAAACAAGAUCAUCUCAAUACUAGGCUUAUGGAGCUUGUGGUACAAAACAAACAAUAUGUAGAAGUACUUCAGAAAAAGCUGGAAAAUGUUAAAGCAUCACAAAAAGAAAUGCAACAAAAUGUUGAGAAUUACAAUUACAUAUCAAAAUGUUUACAAGAAAAACUUGCGACACUAGAAGAACAAAUUGAAAUUCUAACAGCUGUUGAGUCACGA